AUGUCACCCCCUACUAUCAUCGUCUUUGGAGCCACAGGUCACGUUGGCUCCGCCGCCGCGAUUCAGGCUCAACAGCUUGGAGCAAAGGUCAUUCUAUCGGUGCGUGAUCUGCAAAAGCCUAUCCACGACCUCAGCCUUGAGGAGGAGACGUCCAGAGGGUUCGAACGAGUCCAAGCCGACCUCACGCAGCCCGAAACUGUCGAGUCUGCAGUGCGCUCGACCGGAGCCAAGCAUGCCUUCAUCUAUCUCGUGCGUUCAAAGGAGGGCUACCUAAGAUCCACCAUUGAGACUCUCAAGUUGGCUGGGAUCGAGUUCGUAGUUUUCCUCAGCUCCUACACUGUCCAAGGUGAUAUUCGGAAAAUCACACCUUCGUACCUGGUACCCUACGCCCACGCACAGGUUGAAAUUCACCUCGAAGAAGUCUUUGGAUCGCAUGGCUACGUCGCGAUUCGACCGGGCUACUUCAACACCAACGCCGCUCGAUGGGCGAGCAUGAUCCGCGAGGGAGAGGUCAAGAUCUCCUAUCCAGAUGUCAAAUUCGACUGGAUUACGCCCGCUGACGUCGGCAGAGCGGCUGGCACUGUACUUGUGCAGGGAAAGCAUGUCACAGAAGGCGCCGAACCACGCAAUUCCAUUUCGGUUUACGGACCCAAGCUUCUAUCGCAGAUGGAGGCCAUCGGGAUCUUUAGCAGAGUUCUUGGCAAGGACAUCAAGGUCACCGAACAGAGCGACGAGGAAGCGGUGGAGUAUAUGAUGAAAGCUGGGAUGCCGCCGCCCUUGGCGCAGCAAAUGGUAACACUGUUGGCAGGGUUUAAAUUGAACAGCGAGGCACACGAAGAGGCAGUCGCCAAUUUUCAGAAAUAUACCGGGCAGCUGACGACCUUGGAAGAAUGGGCUCAGGCUAACAAGGUGUUGAUUGGCGGUUAA